AAUAAAAAUAAAACACGACAUGGCGUAAAUAUUGUGGUAUUUAACAUGCAGGGUGAAAGUGAGGUUUUUGAUCAGGCAGUAUCGCAGGACACACUCUGUCUCGAGACUCAGUUUUAAUCCUGAAAAGCAAAAAAAAGUGCAAAUUAAUUCUAUUUAAUUAAAAUUAUAAUUUUCAGGAUUCUAAAACCUGCAGGUGAUUGAUAGAUUGCUCGAUGCUCAGCUGUAAACAUGGAUCUCUGUGGGUUUCAUUCCUCCACUAACGGACACACACAUGUUCCUGAAUGGCAGCAUGAAACAUCUGCAGGGGUUUUACCCCUAAAACGCAAAAGAUCGGAUUUUCCAAACGUGAAUGGAGACAGAAGAGAGUGUAGAGAUGAUUUUCCUGCUAAAGAAACAACCAGAAACCACAGUGUGUUUGUGCGGAUCGACGGUCAGAGAGGUGUGUAUUUCUCCGAGAGCUGGGAGCCGAACGGCAGCACUCUGUACCUCCCCGUUCACGGGACCGUGCUCGCCAACAUGCAGAAAUACGAGCAGAUCAGCUUCGAGCAAGGCUGCUUCUGCAUCGGGGACGAGACCGGAGGCUUCCUGCAGAGGGUUCAAGGUCAGGCUCUUCACUGCUGGAGAUACAGCAAAACAGACACGAAGCUCUUCAUCGCCCUGUCCUACUUCUUCACAAACCGUGACGUUUUUCAGGAGGUCCUGAGCUCUCUUGAGUGUUUGUAAGGAGAGAACACACACACACACACACACACACAUUUUAUUAAUUAUUUCAAUUUUUCCUGUCGAUUGAAUCAAAACGCCUCACUUUAUUACUGACAUAUAAUUCACUUAAAUCCCCGAAAUACUAUAAGGACACUGGGGGGGGCAAAACUUUUGCACACAUAGUCCGUUCCACCCUAUUGUUACACCUGAAAUAGAUUCUGCACCUUUUAUUCCUAUGAAGCUGAUAUGAUCUGUUUAUUCCUGUUUAUUAGCUGUAAAGUCAAUCCUGUGAGAUUUCCCAUCUGUUGUAUUUUUAGAGCUGCCCUGUGAUCAUUUUUACCUUUUGUUUAUUUUGUAUUUUUAAUAAAAUAAAAAUAUUAUUACAAACAGAA